GAGUUCCUCAUCGACCUCGGGGUGGCCGAGUUGGAUCGCUUUGACGAUCGGGAGUCGCUCAUCUUCCGAGAGAACACGUUGGCCACCAAAGCCAUUGAUGAAUACAUGAAGCUGGUGGGGGGCAAAUACCUCCAGGACACGCUGGGUGAAGCUGUGGCCCAGCUCUGCUCCUCGGAUGACAGCUGUGAAGUCGAUCCCAGCAAAUGUGGUGGCCCUGACCUUUCAGACAACCAGAACAACCUGCGGCAGGUCUGCGAGGAGACCCUGCAGCGCAUUGCUGCAUCCUGCGACACCUUCCCGGCGGAGCUGGGCGAGAUCUUUGCAGCGUGGCAGGAGGAGUGCGCGGCUCGGGGCAAGGCGGCCAUAGGGCAGCGCUUGGUCUCAGCCUCGCUCUUCCUGCGGUUCCUCUGCCCCGCCAUCAUGUCCCCGAGUCUCUUUGGCCUCGUCCAGGAGUACCCGAGCGAGGCCACCGCUCGUACCCUCACCCUGGUGGCCAAGGUCAUCCAGAACCUGGCCAACUUCACCACGUUUGGUGAGAAGGAGGCCUACAUGGGCUUCAUGAACGAGUUCCUGGAGCACCACUGGAGUACCAUGACAGCCUUCCUGAGGAGCGUGGCCAGCCCUGAGAGCAGCGGCCAUGUGGCCACCUAUGAUGGCUAUGUGGACCUGGCCCUGGAGCUUGCCACCCUCCACCUCCUGCUCUGCGAGAUCUUCUCCAGCCUGAACCAGGCCACACAGGAAGAGCUGGAACCUCUACCCACCAUCCUCAAUGCCAUCAGGGAGGGAACACCGGUCCCUGUCUCCGUCCAGCUCAGCUCCAUCACAGAGCGAAGGGGGACUCUAGGAUUUAGGUGGGUGACGGGACCAUGGGGACCGUUUGGUGGAGGACAGGAGCACAGUGAGCUUUUAAGGGGCCGCUCAAAGCUUCGCCCAUCGGUGUCACUGCCACGUAAACCCACGGUGCCGUGGCAGCGCUACGCUGAGGAGGUGUCAGUGGCACAGGGUGAGCUCUACGCCAUCCGCCCGCUGGAGAAGCAGCAUGGGAGGCAGAUCGAGGCACUGCGGAAGGAGGUGGCUGAAAGCCAGGAGAGGCUGCGGGUGGUGGAGGAGAAGGUGAGGGAGCUGGAGGGCGAGCAGCGUGGGCUGCAGCAGGAGCAGGGCCAGCACCGAGAGCUGCUCGAGCGCCUGCGGCUGCAGCUGGAGGAGAGCAACGCACGGACGGCCAACCUGGGUGCCAGGCUGACGGCAGCUGAAGGGACCCGCAAGAAUGACCUGGAGAGGCUGAAGGCAAGCGAGGACCGGGGCAGAGCGCUGGAGAGCAGGCUGGUGGCACUGGAGAGGGAGCACGGCGAGCUGCAGGAUGCCAUCGCCCGGCUGCUGCGCCACCCCGGCAGGAUGGGACGGCGGCCACAGAGCCGGGACGAGGGUGGGGAUGAGGGACAGGCCACCAGUGUGUGACUUUGGAUGUCACCGCGGCACGGCUGUGUCCCCCAGGUCCUGAUCUCAAUGGGUUUCUGUCCCUCAGCAAUAAAUGUA